AUGUCGAAAAGAUCAUCGGAAGACGGUAGCCACCAGACCGACAAAAAAUUGAAGGGUGACGAUAAGAAGGACGAGAUUGCGAUCGAUUCCGAGCUUUUGGGACAGCAAUCUUCGUACACUAACAACGGGCCUGACGACUCCAGGGUAGAUAGUCACGGAGGGAAUAACGACAACAAUGUCAAUGCCGCUGCUGCUGCUGCUGUAGCAGCAGCUGCUGCGUCAGAACCUGCCAAUGCAGCGGCCGCAGCAUUGAGCUCUCAACAACAGCACCACAGUCAGCAGUUGCAACAGCAUUUGGCGUACCAAAAUGCGUUCAGGCAACAACAGCAGGUGCAGCAGCAACAGGUUCAACAGCAACACCAUCAGCACCACCAGCACGGUCACCACAACCAGCAUCAAUCGCACUCGCCGCAAAACAGUCUCUCGCAUUUGCAGCCUACGACAUUGCCGCAGACUUCGAGUACGUCGAAGCCGCAGCACGGGUCUGACGAGUGGCACAAGCAGAGAAGAGAAAACCACAAGGAGGUGGAAAGAAGAAGAAGAGAAUCGAUCAACCAGGGUAUCAAGGAAUUAGCUGCUUUAAUCCCUACCAACGACACCAACAAGGCGCAAAUCUUACAAAGGGCCGUGGAGUAUAUCAAGAGAUUAAAGGAGAACGAAAACAACAAUAUUGAAAAAUGGACACUAGAGAAGUUAUUGACGGAACAGGCGGUCUCGGAGUUGAGUGCCUCGAACGACAAGUUGAAGCAAGAACUCGAAAGGGCUUAUAGAGAGAUUGAGCAAUGGAAGAAAUUAGUGAAGGACGAAAAGAAUAUGAAAUAA